AUGAAGGAAGCAGCGUGGAGUUUUCUCCUGCUGUGCGCGUGCACGCAAACCGUGUCCGUGGCCGGGGUCCAAGGCUCGACAGUUGCCCCAACGGACACAACAGCAUCCACCUCUGCUCCUGUUACCCCCACUGACGACCAAAGCACAGGACUGGUGGAUUGGCUGACCAGGUAUGGCUACCUCCCGCCCUCAGACCCCUCUACUGGACAGCUACAGGCCUGGACAGCUGUCACUCAUGCUGUUAGAGCCAUGCAGAGGUUCGCAGGCCUCGAGGAUACAGGAGUUGCAGAUGAGGAGACACUGGCUCUGAUGCGAGCCCCACGAUGUUCACUGCCAGAUGAAGGGGAGGAGCCAAAACCACUGGCCAAUCAGCUCCAGGAGGGGCAGAGCCUGAGGAGAAAGAGGGCUGUGACCACAUGGACACGAAGGAACAUCAACUGGAGGUUGCGUUCAUACCCCACCUCCUCCUCCCUCUCCCGUGAGACGAUUCGCUCCCUGGUGUUUUACGCCCUGAGGGUGUGGGCGGACCCAACCCCACUGGAGUUCCACGAGGUGGGAGGCUCAGAAGGGGCAGACAUGCAGGUGGACUUCCUCCAUGGUUUCCAUGGUGAUGGAUACCCCUUCGAUGGGGCAGGGGGAGCUGUUGGCCACGCCUUUUUCCCCUCUGACCCUGCUAGAGCGGGCGGAGUACACCUGGAUGCUGAGGAGGAGUGGGCGUUCCGCCAGCCAGCCUCUGAGGGUACUGACCUGUUCACGGUCCUGGUGCAUGAGUUUGGCCAUGCCCUGGGUUUGUCCCACUCGUCUGCCAGGCGUUCUGUGAUGAGACCCUACUACCAGAGCCCCGUAGGAGAUCCUCUACACUACCGCCUGGGGCCCCACGAUCUGGAGCACAUCACCAGGCUCUACGGUAAUAGAAAUCAUCUCAUGGUCACAGACGUUCCCCGGUUGGCUCCUGAACCUCAGCUGCGGCAUCGCGACAGGCACGGACACCGACACAGACACAGACAUUCUGUAGACCGCUGUAACACUAGCUUUGAUGCAGUGGCCAACAUUAGGGGAGAGACGUUCUUCUUUAAAGGGCUGAGUAUGUGGCGGGUCAGUACUGGGGGGCUGGUGUCGGGCCGGGGGGCCUCGGUGAGGAGGCUGUGGGGGGGUCUGCCCCCUAACCUGCCCCCUCUGCAGGCUGUGUUGGAGAGACACUCGGACCACGCCAUCAUCUUCAUCACUGGCUCCAUCUACCUCUUCAAAGGAGAUUCAUAUUGGAAGUUCCCCUACCCAGCCUCUGUCCCAGAGGUAGGAUACCCUCGAUCCCUGGCCACCGAUUGGUUGGACUGCCCUCACCCCUCAGCACCUGUCCUAGACGACUUCUCUCGCUCUCUGUCUCCCCCUACUGGACGGCAGGAGCUCCGUGAGAGGGGGAAGGAGGAGAGGGGGAGAGAAGAGAGGGGUGGCCAGAGCGGCCAUGGCCUAGACAGAGACACAGACACAGACAGAGAGGGACUGCAGCACUGGCCCUGCACUUGCCUGAAUGGAGCAAAAGUUAGCAGCGUGAGCAUGACUUCGUUCAUAUGUGCCCUGCUGUUGACUCUCCUCUCCCUGAUAACUGUGUGGUGUUAGGCUACGUCCCAAUACUCUCGACGGCGUCCUCCUCUCACCCCCUUCUAUCCCAUGGCUACGUCCCAAUACUCAACAAUGGCCUCCCCCUUUCUCACCCCACCCCCCCCAUUCCCUCCAGGUUGUGGCUGCUGUUGUCAAUGGUGCUAGGCCCUUUCUCACCUUCCACUAUGACAAAGUUUACCAUGCACCCUUACAAUCCAUUCCACAUACCUACCCUUAGGUCUGUGGUAUAGGGGAUGGGUUAGGAGAAGGUGGGAAUUUGGGACACAACCAAGAUGUCCCUACACCCCAAAGGAGGAAUGUUUGUCCUGGACAUUUCAGAUGAAUUAUGAACA